AGCGCAUUCCUCCACACCGCUCACAGUGGACACAAGCGACGGCCGCUGUCCUCAUAACCCACGCGUGUACUUCAGGGCGGCCGAAACUAAGAGUCAGGGCCCGUGGAUCUUCACAAAGCACCUCGGAUUUCAUUUCAAACAGUCAGAAUAAGCGAACGAAAUCAGAAUCGCUCGGCUUCCAGAGCUCAGCAGCGAUGUCGGAGUUUUUGGUGGAUCUGCUCGGGGAGCGUCUCGUCAACGGCGAGAAAGCCGAGCUGGAUGUUCACGCGCUGGGCAGCAGGCUGUCGCUGCUCGGGCUUUACUUCGGCUGCAGUUUGAACGGUCCGUGCAAGCAGUUCAACGCGAGUCUCAGCGAGUUUUACAGCAAGUUUAAGAAAUCGUCCGAGCACAAGGACAAAUUGGAAAUCGUCUUCAUCUCAUCGGAUCAGGACCAGAAACAGUGGCAGGACUUCUUGCAGGAAAUGACAUGGCCGGCGUUGCCGUUUAAAGAUAGACAUAAAAAGAUGAAACUAUGGAACAAGUACAAAGUGACCAGUAUUCCCUCUUUGGUGUUCAUCGACGCAGCCACGGGGAAGGUGGUAUGUCGAAAUGGUCUGCUGGUGGUGCGAGAUGACCCGAAAGGUCUGGAGUUCCCCUGGGGGCCGAAGCCCUUUGCGGAGGUGGUGGCUGGACCCUUGCUCAGGAACAAUCGACAGACCGCAGACAGCAGUGCCCUGGAGGGAUCCUACGUGGGGGUUUACUUCUCUGCACAUUGGUGUCCCCCGUGCCGAAGUCUAACCCGAGUGUUGGUGGAAUCUUACAGAAAAGUGAAAGAAUCGGGACACAAGUUCGAGAUUGUGUUCGUCAGUGCUGAUAGGUCAGAAGAGUCGUUCACACAGUAUUUCAGCGAGAUGCCGUGGUUGGCGGUUCCAUACACAGAUGAAGCCAGAAGGUCACGGCUCAACAGACUCUAUGGAAUCCAAGGUAUUCCCACACUGAUCCUGCUGGACACAGAGGGUCACAUGAUCACGCGACAGGGCCGGGUGGAGAUUCUCAACGACCCCGAGUGUCAGCUUUUCCCGUGGCACCCGAGACCCGUACAGGAACUUAGCGAAUCAAAUGCUGUGCAGCUUCACGAAGGGCCCUGUCUGGUGCUGUUUGUGGACGCAGAGGAAGAGGGCGAGCUUGAUCCGGCCAAAGAGCUCAUCCAGCCAAUUGCUGAGAAGAUCAUGGCCAAAUACAAGGCCAAGGAAGAGGAGACGCCACUGCUGUUCUUUGUGGCUGGGGAGGACGAUAUGACCGAUUCACUACGGGACUACACCAACCUACCUGAGGCCGCACCACUUCUCACCAUCCUGGACAUGUCGGCUCGGGCUAAAUAUGUUAAAGACGUGGAGGAGAUCACACCGAGUGUGGUAGAACAGUUUGUUAGUGACUUUCUGGAUGAGAAGCUCAAACCAGAGCCCAUAUGAAGUGGGGUGAAGUCCUGGACAGCAGCACUAAACUUCCCUCACCCUGCUACCUGAACCUCCGUCUGACCCUCGACCUCCAGGCGUGCUCUCUUUCUCUUCCUGUCAGACUGUUCAAUAAGAAGCCACUUUGUAUUGACAUUUUACUCAUUUUAAUAUGUGCCCCCCCAUCACGAAGCGGCCGCCUCCUCCUGUGGUGCCUUGCAUUUAUUACAGCGCCGACAGUGUAAUGCAGAUUUUUAUUAUGUUGAUUGUCUUUUCAUUGAGAGAUUAGAUGCAACCCUACAGCUGCAAAUGAACAAAACUUUGUCUUGCUGUUAUAAGUGUUUCCUUAUAUCCCUGAAUAUCAUUUGAGGAAUCGGAAGCUUUGAACGUUAAUAGCUUAGUUAUUAUUAUUUUUCCACAGAUAAUGCACAUUUUAUGUGGCCAUAUGUUUUGUACGGCUGUGAUUCUCUUCUGUGGGCGCUGAUGAUUACAAGAUGAUAAGUAAAAUCCAUGUACAAAAGGCACUGUCUAUCUUUGUGUAGCUAACGCUGUUUUUUUAUGCGGUUUAAUGACUUAAUGCCCAUUUCUUGUUGAUAUUUGAUGUUGUUGAAUGACUGAUCUGUUCCCAUCUCAGACGUGUUACAUGUAAGUGGAUUUUCUGUGAAGGUCCCCUGUAUAAAAGUGGUCUGAUCUUUUUGAAGGCACAAAAACAGCAUUUAAUUGAAAGCUUUGUUGAUAAAUGUAGCCAAUUAAAGCACAGUGUCUAUCUCUC